AUGGGCCAUGAGAAUUUCCCUGUCUUGAGACCUCAGCAUCAAGUAGCGUCUCCGCAGGAUCCUUUCGACCACCAAUCCUCCAGCGUCCACGCGUCAGACCCGACAGCAUGGGAGAGUCAUGGUACGAUGCGGCCACUUCAGGAUCAGCAAUCGGUAUCCACAGUUGAACAGUCAAUAAAUGAAAUCGAGUUGGGAGUAUCACGAAAGCCUCUGAAACUAGACAGCAAGAAGGAUCCUGAUCAGCAACAGUACAUUGAUGAAACACGUACGACGUCUAUAGCCUCGAGCCCUAGCAACCAAUUGACGGCAAUGGAGCCAAUAUCUCCCCUCUACGCUACGGACUUCGCUCGACCCACAACGUCUCCUCAUAUUGCGAAAAACUCAUAUCGAUCGCCUCCAUCGCCGGGGCGGGUCAUUUAUUCGGCUUCCCCACGGAUACAUUCUCCUGCAUCUUCCCAGAUAUUUGAACGUAGUGUUCAGGAAGACAUCCUACCUGUGCAGGCAUCGCCGUCCAUUCCUUCCCAUAUCAUGACCGACAAUCAUAUACCGCCCAUAUUAGAGGCGUCAUCUGCGGCGAUCACAGAUGACCGUCUUGACCCCGAUUCCAUUGAGAUCAUCACACACGCUAUUCACCAGCCAGCCGCCGUAACAGUUACUGGGACUGGUGCAGUUAAUCAAUCAGCGGCUUCUUCGUGGCACGAAGACGUUGCUGCGGUUCCUGUGCGGAAUGAGGAUUCAGUUUCCAACUAUGGAGCGUUAGACUCCGCUGAUAUACGGCGCCUCAGCUUCAUUUCAUUUGCCGACGUCGUUCAUGCAGAACACAUCGAGAAUAGUGAUCAAUUCAGCAGCCGAGACUCCCUUCACAACUUGGCGCUGUCCACCUAUCCAGCUGCUCUAACUGCCCAUAACCGAUCUCCUUCCCCUAUGCGCUCUCCUGUGUCUUCACACAGACUCAGUACAUCUCCGCCAACGAGCGCAUCGCUGUCAUCUAAGGGAUUAGAAACAUCCCUUAGCCGUGGACGGAGCCGGCCAGGAAGUCCAUUAUCCCUUCCUCUCCACAGUCCACCUUCUGGCGCUUCUGGAAGCUUUCACGGAGAGCUUAAUAUUGAGACUAUGCGACAGGCACUGAGAAGAACAGGUAGCGCUGACAUGAGUGCUAUAAGGAGUGUCCAAUUGAGCGCUAUUGGAGACGAUGAAGCUCCGGAUCGUGCUAUCAAGUAA